UGAUCAGAAUUAACAAAUUGAAUUGGAGGUUAGAAACGUUUCUGUCAAACUCGAAAGAAUUUUGUUCGCAUACGAACAUUUAUUUGUUAACGAGCUGAACAUCGUGGAGUAAUUAAUGGAUUGACAAUGGGUCUGUUAACGGUGCUGAAAAAAUUGAAACAGAAAGAAAAGGAGAUGCGAAUUUUAAUGUUGGGCUUGGAUAAUGCAGGCAAGACGACAGUGUUGAAGAGACUCAAUGGUGAACCAAUAGACACUAUAUCACCCACGCUUGGCUUUAAUAUCAAGACAUUAGAACAUCGUGGAUACAAGCUCAAUGUAUGGGAUGUGGGUGGACAAAAAUCAUUGCGUUCCUAUUGGAGAAAUUACUUUGAGUCAACAGAUGGACUUGUUUGGGUGAUAGACAGUGCAGAUAAAAGGAGAUUGGAUGAUUGCAAAACAGAAUUGUACAAGCUUUUGCAAGAGGAAAGAUUGGAAGGAGCAAGUCUUCUUGUAUUUGCCAAUAAGCAGGAUAUGCCUGGUGCAUUAUCUGCAGCUGACAUAGCCGACAUUCUGGAGUUACCCAAUAUAAAGACUCAUCAUUGGCAAAUUUAUAAGUGCUCCGCUAUGACGGGUGAAAAUCUAGUCGAUGGUAUUAAUUGGAUUGUUGAUGAUAUUGCAGCAAGAAUAUUUUAUAUAGAUUAAAUUUUAUAAGUAUACACACACACACACACACACACACA